GUUUGUAUGUGAAAACGGUCUCAUCUAAGAUAAAAAAUUGAUUUGAAUUUUGAACUUCCCACAUGAUGCUUCCUGAAGUCUCAUCUCAAUUUAGUUGUGAACAAGAUCGGAUCUUAGCCAGACCCAGACUGAUUUGAACUUCCCGUUCUUAAUCACUCCAAUCUUCCCCCCUUGAAUGCCAAUAGGGCCGAGAUGCCAGAAACCAAAAGCAGCCGAAAACACAUAGCGGUUUUAGCAUUUCCAUUCGGAACUCAUGCUACUCCUCUUCUUGGUUUCGUCCGGAGGAUAUCGGAGGCUGCUUCGGAUGCGAAGUUUUCUUUCUUCAGCACGGCUCAAUCCAAUGCCGUGCUGCUUGCAAACCGUGGAGAAGUUGAGAGGGUGAAAUUUCUUGACGUUGAUUCCGGGUUACCGAACGGCUACGUGUUUAAUAAGAGUGAUCCGAAUGCGCCUGUAGUAUACUUCUUAAAGGCAACACCAGGCAAUUUUGAGAGAGCUGUAGAGAUUGUCGUUGCAGAAACGGGAAUGGAGUUUUCCUGCUUCAUCUCUGAUGCUUUCAUGUGGUUCGCCGCCGAGAUGGCCGAGAAAAGGCGAGUCCCGUGGAUCGCGUUGUGGACCUCCGGACCUCGCUCUCUUCUUGUCCAUCUUCAUACCGACUUUUUGAGGGAACGUCUUGGAAUCAAUGGACCUGGAGAACAAACACUGGAAUUUUUUCCUGGAUUAUCUGAAAUACGAGCAAUGGAUCUUCCGGAGGGUUUAGUUUCAGGACCUUUAGAUGAGGGCGUCCCUCUUCUUCUUCAUAAAAUGGGACAAAUCCUGCCGAAAGCAGCCGCUGUGGCUGCAAAUUCCUAUGAGGAAUUAGACCUUCCCGAUGUGAACAAAUUGAUGAAGACAAGACUGCCGAAGUUUCUUAACAUUGGCCCAUUCACCUUAAGCUCUCUACUGCUCCCAGCUUCCGAUGAAUACUGCUGCCUGGAAUGGUUAGAAAAGCGCGAAAAAUCAUCAGUUGCCUACAUAAGUUUCGGCAGUGUGAUUCAACCCCCACUUCCUGAGCUGACAGCUUUAGCUGAAGCGCUAGAGGCAAGAAAGACUCCAUUUCUGUGGUCAUUUAGAGGCAAUCCUACGGAACAGUUACCGUUAGGAUUUUUACAAAGGACCAGCGUGUAUGGCAAGAUGGUACCAUGGGCGCCCCAGAUAAAAAUCCUCCAGCAUUCUUCAGUUGGGGUGUUUGUGACACAUGGUGGAUGGAACUCUAUUCUGGAAAGCAUUAUUGGCGGCGUGCCCAUGAUUUGUCGGCCGUUUUUCGGGGAUCAGAAGCUGAACGAACGAACUCUGGAGACAGUUUGGGGGAUUGGACUGGGAAUUGAGGGAAGGAAAUUCACCAAAGAUGGAACAAUGAAAGCCCUGGAAGUGGUAUUGUGUAGCGAACAAGGGAAGAUUAUGAGAGAAAAAAUUGCUGUCCUGAAAAAGCUUGCAUUUCAAGCUGUUGAAUCUGAAGGUAGCUCCACCGCAAAUUUCAAAGCUGUUAUGGAGUUAAUUACCAAGACUUAGUUUUAUGGGUGAUUGCUUUAUUUUCUUCUUCAAUCAUUUAUGAUUCAAGAUUAUAAAUAAUUUAACUUUUAUUUACAAAUUUAAAUGGAUCUUUAAGCCAUUGCUUAAA